CUCCAAUAAAGGGUGGGUUUUAGUUUUACCAGAAAUGAGCAUUUCUGAACUUCUUCCCGCCACUAAAAACCCUAGAAAAUGGAGGUUCACAUGGGAAUCCAAUUCUCACGUCCCCAUUAUCCGGUUAUACAUCUUUCACCCCAACACCAAACCCUCCUCUCAAUGCACCGAUUUGAAGGUGACUAUUUUAUCGGAUAAAUCUCUACUCGAAGUUACUUGGCUCGACAAAAAUCAAGUAGGGUCACCGGCGACGGCAGCGUCACUUUGGGUUCCGAUUCCUAGGGUCUUGAUUGAUGCUGAUUCCCCGAUUAAUUUACGAGCACUGGAUGAUCACAUUGAAGUUAAAUUUGUUCUGAUUCUUCCCGUCGACCACCCGAUUAUAUCGAAUUUUGAUUUUGAAGAUGGUGAUGAGAAUGCAUUGGAAGAUGAUGAACUUCAACCUCUUCAAUUGGAUUCUGAUCUUAAGAAGCUGGCUUCCUGUGGAGAGGUGCAGUUUUAUUGCAGAUGUUGCUCUACCAAGUUAACUAGAGCUGUUCGAUUUUUCAAGGAAAUGCCAUCUGUCAAUUGGCGUGAGGCAGCUGAUAACUGGUUUGGGACUUGUUGCUGUUCUUUUGGGGGUGUAAGUGAGAAACUUGUAGCAAAAUAUGCCAACUCAUACACAUGUUCAUCAGGAAUGUGCCUAGUGGAUGCUACAUCUAUUGUCAUCUCCAAAGAUGACUUAAUAGGACAUAAAUUUCCUGACAAAAUUAAACUCCAAGAACACAAAUCUCUUCAUUCUUUGAAUAACAGCUUUAAAAAGCUGAAUGUUGAUCAUAGUAGUCAAAACGAAAAACUCCAUGAUCAUGAAUGUGUCCAUGUUCAUAAACAUGAAGAGGAAACACUUGAUACAAAUGAAUUACUAGCAAACAAAACCAGUCUCCUCAAUGGUCUUCUUGGAAAUAGCUUCAUGGUCACAUCUCCAUAUCUUUCAAAAGACAUAAAAUGGAGUGAAAUCUCAUGUCCUAAUUGCUCAUCUCUUCUUGGAGCAUUCCCACAUGAUAAUCUUGAUGGUUUCCCAUUGAAUGAUAGUGUUCACUUGUUCAAAUGUUUCAUAUCUACUUCACUACCAAUUGGAGGUUCAAAUGACCUUUUUAGGAAAUACAGUUUAGAGAGGAUGUUCAGUAGCCAGUUGUUGGAAAGUGCAAAAGAUGAACUCUCAUUCAGAACAGUGGUUAGAAAUCUGCAAACAAGAUCUCCAAUGUUGCAAAUUGUUCUGAUAAACCCUAAUUCAUGGUGCUCAUUUGGGGAUUGUAUGGAUGAAAUUGUAUCAAUUCCCAAGAUCAAUAUCUACCCUAUGAUUAAAGUGCUAUUUUCAGACUGCAGUAACACCACUGAAUCUCAGCUAAGGAAACUAGAUGAAUGGGUUAAAAAGAAUCAAGUUGAAGAUGUUUAUAUGUUGAUGACAAAAGCAUUAGCAGAAUCAUUGGAAAUAGGAAACCGAAUGCUUCCACAUUCUCAUGCAUCUCUUCAGGGGUUGUCUUUAUCUUUCUUACAUAGUCCUAGUCUUCUAGAUGAUUUAGGGUUUGGAAAUUAG